AAAUGAUUCCUGUAACGUUCAGCACUAUGCUACUGAAGGAAGACAUUGCGUGUGUUUUUAUUAGCAUUCGCGUUUAUGUUUUUGGACUGAUAUUCUGAUCUGCGUCACACGAUGGGGUGAAUGAUGAUGACAAGACUUUGUUGGAAAGGCUCUAAGGAGGAGGAGGAGGAGGCUUCAGGCACUCGAUUGGUAUAUUUGGAGCUGGCUUAAAACAGAUUUACUCGACAUCAUAAACACCCGAUGGGAGAUCGUCAAUAUGGGACUUGAAAACUACAAAUUCUGUAUUGGGUUGCUGCUAUUACUCUGCCUAUCGUCAAUCGCGACGAUGUUUACGGCGAUGUACCAUUUAAGUGACCUUAAAGAGAUAAGAGCGAAGAAGAAUUCUGCAUUGGGCAUCCGACAGAUACUCAGCUCCAGGCAAGCAGCUCGAAUUGAAAGGAAUCCGUCAUCGUCUGGUUUGGGGGAAGCCUCAAUAUCCUCGGACAAGAAUAGAGGUUCACCUGAGGGAGAUGACGCUUUUCGGAAUCUCAGUAUUAUAUCAUUUAGAUAUGACACACUGUCUGCUCGUAGAGGUCUAACUCACAGCAUUGCUAAUGUGGAAGACGAUGUUCUGACGUUCGAUACAUAUGACAUUUUAAAACCACUAUCGAAUGUAACCAUUGAAGAAAGCAGCUUGGUUCACAAAAUCCAACAAAAACAGAGAAACGCUGACUUUAACUGUGUCAUCAGGAUUGCCAAGUAUUGUUCCUCUCGUUGUGAUUAUCUAGUUAAAGGUAAACAUUCGAGGGAAUGGACGCCAUUCAGAUGUGAACUCAGUGAGUUCUGUAGGUUUGAGACUCGUUUUAUAGGUAACCUCACCAAGGAGGUUAUGAAGACCAUCGAUGUUGUUUUCUUUAUACCCGGAUAUCGGGAUGUUCGUCUGAAGCAAGUGAUGGCUGCAAGAUCACCAGGACAACUCUGGGUCCUCUGCGCCAAAGAGAGUCCUCAGCAUGACCCAGAUUAUGCUCCUCGAGGUCUAACAGGAAACCCUUUCAAUCUCACCAUGACGUAUGUCAGGGACAGUGACAUUUACUUCCCAUACGCCACCGUGCGGACGCUUGGGAAGCCAAAUGAACAUCCGCCAGAUAUUCCAAAGAAAACCAAGCUGAUAGCUUGGAUGGCAUCCAACUGCAAACCAUAUUAUUGGAAACGAACUGAACUAGUGAAAGCGAUUCAAGGGAAUAUCUCGGUGGAUAUGUACGGCAAGUGCGGUACGGGAAGACUUGCCCAUGAUAAAACCAUCGAGACCCUCAAGCAAUAUAAAUUCUAUAUCGCGUUUGAAAAUAGCGAAUGCCGGGAUUACAUCACGGAGAAGGUGUGGAAAAAUUGCCUUUUACAGGGAAUCGUACCGAUCGUCUACGGAUCAACGCGCGAAGGCUACGAGAAGUCACUCCCAAGGAAUUCCUUCAUCUCCGUAGAGGAUUUCAGUAACAUGAGCGAAUUUGUAGAUUACAUUCACGCACUGGAUAAAGACGACGCGCGUUACAUGAAAUAUUUCGACUGGAGGAGGGACGGCACGGUGCAGUUUCACUCUCCAUCUGCGUUCAGAGGUAGCAGACCGGAACUAAAUUUCUGUUACCUCGUCAAAAAACUUCUCCACGUCUUCGUACAUCCAGAGAACACUUGGCAGAAAAGAAAUCCAGAUUUUGCAUCUUGGUGGCGAGGGCAAUGUGCCGAUUAUUCUAUUAAGAAAAUCGUUCUGGGAUUCAAUACCCAUCGGUCAAGAGAAGAACAGGCAAUCAUCAAUGCAUCUAAGAGACGUGGUGACAUAGAAAAUGUAGUUGGUGUAAUUAAUUGAUAUAAAAAGCCAUAGAAGAUGUUAUAAUGCUAGAAAGAUCUAGUUAGAGUUCUACCUUGAAUAUAUAGGUCUAAGUACAUCAUGCGAUUAUUUGAGAAUUCGUUUGACAUGUUGGAAAUAACGACAGUUCAUGAUAAGACAGUCCGCGAAAUUCGAACUUAUAAUUGAUGCGCGAUGAGAUACAGGGCCGUAUCAACACCUCUGGUUUAACUGGAAGGGACAGGAAUAUUGAACUUGCCAAUAUCCGAUACUGGCCUACAAGAGAACCCCUCUUUUUAUAUUACAUGAUUCUAAUUAAUGCAGUAGCUGUAUUGUAAUGGGAAUAUCUUAAUUAGUUUCUUAAGUGAUUCGGAAAUGAUGUUUAAACAGACUGUGAUGCAGAAAUUUGGAAUAAAAAAUAUAUAUUAUGUUCUAACUGCUAAAGAACCAAAGAAAUUCAAAACAAAUUUUUGAGAAUAUCCUUAGAGGGAUGCUCCGGGCUGAAAAUAUUUAUCUCUCAAUAAAUAGAGAAAAAUUCACAAAACAAAAUGCUGAAAAUUUCAUUAAAAUUGGAUAACAAAUAACGAAGUUAUUGAAUUUGAUAGAUUUGCAUUAUUCUGGUGAACAGUUCUAGGCACGUCUUCAUUGUUCUUUGCAUUUUAUUAAAUGAAAUUAGGUUUGUGUAAUUUAUUUACCACGAACCAAAACAAUUGGAUUGACAAUUGAUUAAGUGCAUUAGUUGUUUCUUGCUGCAACUUAUUUCAUCAUAAUGGAGAUACAUCAUUUACAC